AUGUCUACUCGUGCAGAGCUUUCAGCACCACUGACUUGUCGAGAUCAGGAGGCAGAAGAUGGCAUUGAUUCCGAACAAUUAUUAAUGGCUACUAUGAAUCAAGAUCUAACGGAAGAUGAAUUGAAUCAUAUUAAAAAACAAUGGUCUUUAGAACAAGACGAGUUGAAGAAACAAUUAAUUGUACAUGAUGAUCUUGAUUUUGAUCCUGAUGAUUUAGAUACGACGUUGAAAUUUGUUGGAGGUGUCGAUAUUAGUUUUGAUAAGGAAAAUCCAGUGAAUGCAAUUGCAAGUUUAAUUGUAUUGUCAUUUCCAGAUUUGAAAGUAGUUUAUGAAAAGUACGACAGGGUCACAAUGCAACAUCCUUAUAUCCCAGGGUUCCUAGCCUUUCGAGAAGUUCCACAUCUCGAGAACAUGAUACAUGAAUUACGGCAAAAUUGUCCACAAUUUAUCCCACAAGUAAUUCUUGUUGAUGGCAAUGGAAUAUUGCAUCAACGAGGAUUUGGUCUUGCCUCGCAUUUGGGAGUUGUUGUGAAUAUUCCUACUGUUGGAGUGGCAAAAAAGUUAUUGUAUGUGGAUGAUAUUACUAGAGACACCGUAAAAGAACUCGUUCAAAAACAUCUCAAAGCAAAAGGUGAUUAUGCAAAACUCAUAGGAAAGAGUGGAAUUGCUCAUGGUGUUGUGUUUCAACCAAUUCAAAAGACCGGAAGACCUCUCUUCAUAAGCAUUGGUCACAGAAUCAGUUUGGAAUCAUGCAUUAAGGUGGUCCUUAAAACAUGCAUUCAUAAAAAUCCAGAACCCAUACGACAAGCUGAUCUUCGAAGUCGUCGAAUGAUAGAAGCACAAGCUGCUUGGAAGAGCAACCAAUAA